GUCGCCCUCUGGUGUUGAAAAUUUUACAGUUCCUCGUGCUAAAAAAGAGAUCGAAAAUUCACUCGAAACACACCCUAAUUCUUCAAAAUGGUAUCCCUUCAACCUGUUCAGAUUCUAAAGCAUAAUGCGGAGGAGGAGAAAGCAGAGCUUGCUCGUAUGUCAUCUUUCAUUGGCGCCAUCGCCAUUGGAGACUUGAUCAAGAGCACACUAGGUCCCAAAGGAAUGGACAAGAUCUUACAGAGUAACAGCCCAACAGCACCACUCACUGUCACGAAUGAUGGUGCCACCAUUCUGAAAUCCAUCGGAGUGGAUAAUCCAGCUGCUAAGAUCCUUGUUGAUAUCAGUAAGGUACAGGAUGAUGAAGUUGGUGAUGGAACUACCUCGGUCACAGUACUUGCCUGUGAACUUCUCAAAGAAGCAGAGAAGCUUGUUGGCCAGAAGCUCCACCCUCAUACGAUCAUCGCUGGUUGGAGGAAAGCCAUCGAUGUCGCCGUAGCUGCACUUACACAGGCAUCUGAAGAUCACAGUGAUGAUCCUGAGAAAUUCAAAUCUGAUCUGAUGAAGAUUGCAUACACUACACUGAGCUCUAAGAUAGUCAGUCAUGACAGAGAUAAGUUCUCUGCCCUCUGUGUUGAUGCAGUUCUACGACUGAAGGGAAAGACUGAUCUCCAUGCUAUUCAAAUCAUCAAGAAGCUCGGUGGGAACAUGAACGAAUCCUACCUUGAUGAAGGUUUCUUAUUGGACAAGAAGGUCGGUGUGAACCAACCCAAGAGGAUAGAGAAUGCUCGCAUCUUGGUGGCUAACACCCCCAUGGAUACAGAUAAGAUUAAGGUUUUUGGUUCUCGAGUGAGAGUGGAUUCGACAGCUAAGAUCGCAGAGCUCGAACUGGCUGAGAAAGAGAAGAUGAAGGAGAAGGUUGAUAAAAUUCUUAAACAUGACAUCAAUGUCUUCAUCAACAGGCAACUGAUCUAUAACUACCCAGAGCAGCUGUUUGCUGACCAGGGCGUAAUGGCCAUCGAGCAUGCAGACUUUGAGGGUGUAGAGCGUCUGGCCUUGGUGACCGGUGGAGAGAUUGUUUCCACCUUUGACCGCCCUGACCUGGUCAAGCUUGGCCGUUGUGACCUCAUCGAAGAAGUCAUGAUUGGCGAGGACAAACUGAUCAAGUUCUCUGGUGUAGCUCUUGGCGAGGCUUGUACCGUGGUACUGAGAGGAGCCACCCAACAGAUUCUUGACGAGGUCGAGCGUUCGCUUCAUGACGCCCUCUGUGUCCUGUCACAGACAGUCAAGACCACUCGGACAGUGCCAGGAGGAGGUGCAUCUGAGAUGUUGAUGGCUAAUGCCGUUUGUGAGUUAGCAGCCAGGACACCAGGCAAAGAGGCUGUUGCCAUUGAGGCAUUCGCCAGGGCCCUGAGACAGCUACCAAUCAUCAUUGCUGAUAAUGCUGGAUACGAUUCGGCUGAACUCGUCUCUCAGCUCAGAGCGGCACACACAGAAGGAAAUUACAAGAUGGGUUUGAAUAUGAAUAAUGGUACAAUAGGAAACACCAUGGAACUUGGGGUACUGGAGUCGUUCCAGGUGAAACGUCAGGUAGUCCUCAGUGCAUCAGAAGCCGCAGAGAUGAUCCUACGAGUUGAUAACAUCAUCAAGGCCGCACCAAGGCAACGAAAUGAUCCCGGUCAUUGAGAGAUGCUGACCGCUGUACAUAUUCAUCGUUGGAGCUUACUUGUGGCUUUUGAUGUACGCUGAUAUCCUGUAGAGUUAUAACAGAACACCAUUCGAUAAUCAAUUCCCGGGCCUGUUUCUUCAAGAGUUGCAACUAUUGUAACUUUGCCAUUAAUGUAACUACUGUAGAAACCUUGAUUGUGAUUGGCUGUUGAGCACCGUUACCAUGGUAGUUGCUAUAAUGACAAAGUUACCACAGUUGUAAGUCCUUUGUGAAACCAGCCCGUGGAGGCUGUUUCACAAAGCCGUUUGUAAAGUUAUGAAUGUCUUCAUGGACUACUUGAAUGCAUUCUUGGAUACUUAAUACAAUGUAGGGUCUAAUCCUGUUAUUAACCAGAAUUUGAAUGCAAAGUUUAUUAUCAAAAUUUGAUUUAUGCUAAAAAAAAUCAAUCCCACUAGCUAAACAGCAGGGAAAUCUUGUUGUUAACCAGAAUUGUUUAGAAUAACUUUGCAAAUAGCUUCAUCAAACACCAUCCAAGGAGAAGGGGCAGGGGGGGUGUUUCACAGAGAUUUUAGCAUGACUGAUACCCCUUUCAUAAACCUAUCCUCCAAUUAGCCGCCUAAGAGUAAUGCGGAUAAUUCAAUAAAAAUUGCGUUCACAAACUCCGAAAAUUAUCCGCACUAUUUUUACGAGCGCCCGUCCUGAAAAAGGCGGAUAAUCAUCAUGGCAACCGCACACACCCCCUCCGAUGCGGUUGUGUUGGAAAAGAGUGACCUUGUGACCGCACCAUGGCAAUUAUCCGCAUUACUUUUGAAAUGCGUUCAUAUAGUCAAAAUCUGGUCCCGAUGCUGCUAUUAUGCGGAUAAUUGCAGCAUCAAAAUAAUAAGGAUAACUCUGGUCCUCCUCCGAUUUUACGACCAAAUUAUGCUGCUAUUAGCCGCAUAAUUGGGUUUAUGAAAGGGGUAUUAGAUUCGUAUUUAAAUUCCCAUUUGCAUUGGAGUAUGAAACUCAUCAUUGCAUUGGGCAAACCACGCCAAGGGGGCAUGCGCUACUUCAUAUUUAAGGUCAAGUCCACCCCAGAACAUUGUUGAUUUGAAUGGAUAGAGAAAAAUCAAACGAACAUAAUACUGAAAAUUUCAUCCAAAUCGGAUGUAAAAUAAGAAAGUUAUGACAUUUUUAAGUUUUUCUUAUUUUUCACAAAGCAGUGAUAUGCACAAAUCAUUGAUAUGCAAAUGAGAGAGUCGAUGAUGUCACUCACUCACUAUUUCUUUUGUUUUUUCUUGUUUGAAUUAUACAAUAUUUCAAUUUUUACAGAUUUGACAAUUGGGACCAACUUGAUUCAACCACAAACUGUUAAAAUAAUGGUAAUUGCACAUGUUCAGGGAGGAAUAAAAGUUUGUUCCACAUGACAAUGAGAAGAAAAUUCGAAUUUUUCAUAUUUCAUAUAAUAAAAUACAAAAGAAAUAGUGAGUGGGUGACGUCAUCUGUCUGCUCAUUUGCAUACCCACCAGGAUGUGCAUAUAACUGUUUUGUGAAAUUAAGCAAAACUUUAAAAUGUCAUAACUUUCUUAUUUUACAACCGAUUUUGAUGAAAUUUUCAGUGUUGUGUUUGUUGGAUUUUUCUCCUUUUAUUCAAACCAACUUUUUAUUGGGGUGGACGUUAUAUAUCAUGUGCGCAUACGCAUUUAAGCUGGACUCUUAGUCACACUUAACUCCUAAAGAAACACUCCCUAUUCCACAAUGUUCAAAUGUCAUGGGACGUUUUCGUGAAAUGCUUCUCUCAACAAUAUUAUAUAACCAUUGUCUCUCUCCACAUAUUUAUCUGUCAACAUUAUGUGGUGCUAAUCAAGCAACUAUAGGACUUGAACGGAUGUUGCACUGAGAAAAUAAAACAUUCUUUUCAUUAUCGCACAUAUGUAUCAAAACGUUGAUAUCCCAGCAAAAUGGUAACAAUAUCUAGAAUGAUGAUUGAUAUUUGGCUAACAACAUCUAGCAGUGUUUAUAUUACAACUUGGUAAUAAGCAGGGUCAUUAAAUGGGAGCAAUGCUUCAUUCUCGUGUCGCAUCUCACCAAGAAAAUGUCAGUCGGGGACCAUGAAAACAGAUGUUGAUUGGUGUUUGGUUCAGUAGUUUUUAGCACUGUUCAUAUUACCGCUCUCUCACUAGCAGCGCUCUAGUCAGUGUCAUAUAGUGGGAGCAGUAUGUUGUUAUCGUGUCACAUUUCACCAAGUAUAUAGCAAUCAGGAAGCAUGGAAACAAGCGUGAAUAUGAAACCACAACUGAUGGAAUACAUUAACAUAGCAUCCUAAAUGUAGGCUUAUUUAUAAUCUACAAGAUGUAGCCUGGAAAAUGGAUGGGGGUGAAAUGCGUUCACUUUCCCAGGCAUGUGUGAGAUUUUAUCUGAUUAAUUGGUCUUUAUCGUCUUCUACUUGUUUUGAUGAACCGAAAAAGGAUUGAAUAGUGAUUUCAUGGCGAUGAGGUGGAUUUAUUGAGAUCUAACGCAUGCCUUGUGCUAAAUUGCCAUGUGGUUAAAAUAAAGUGGCAGAUGAACAUAGUUUAUACCAGAAAUUCACUUCUUCCUUAUAAUUGAAAUCUAAGAUGAAUUUAAAAUGAAAAUGGAAGCUUUAGAUCAAUGAAAGAUGGAGAAAAAAAAUUGAAAAAAAAAGUAAGUUCUAUUCAAACUCCAAUUAUCUAAUCUGUGAUGUUUUACUUUCACAGCAUAGCACCGAUAAUACACGACUUGUCCUCUCAAUUUUCUUUUUCUGCUUGCACUGAAAGCAAAAUCAGGCAAUCCCCUUCGAGGUUUUGAGCUUCGUAUUCUGGUAAUUGGAUUGCGAUCCAAGUCUGACUUUAAUUACUUCAUAUAACCAAUUAAAGACUCCAAAUCCGUGCAGAUUUAUUGGGAACAUGCUGGCAAUCACGUGGGCUUGAAACCACAAUUAGAAUUUGCAAAAGAACACAUGUUCCCCAUGUGCUAUAUGUACUUUACUGGCUGAUUAUACUAUUAUCUCAUUACUGAUGGCAAUUUCACUCAAAAUGUUACCCUGGAACAGACAUAUGAGAAGGAAAAACCCCCAUUAGAGCAUUUCCAUGAAUGCGCAGGAUGCUAUUAUCUUUAAUAUUCCUAAAGACAAUCGUCUUUCUUUUCACUCCAAAAUGUUAUUUGGAAAGGACAGAUUUUGCAGAAAAUACCCUAAAAAAGCAUUUCAAUAUAUGCACAAGAAGCUUAAUUAAAAUGUAGUGGUGUGUAGAGAAGAGUUGAAGGAAAUCAAGGAAAAGUAAUGUGCUUGAUGUAUACCUGAUUUCAUUGUAAAUGUAGUGAUGCGAUUGUUUCUUAUUAUCCGAGUGAGAUGGUGUGAUUUUUUGUUGUUUUCUUUUGUACUUUCGAGAUAAAUUUGAACCAAGGUAUGGAAGCAUUAAAUGUGAAUGUAACGAUGAAAAAA